AUGGUCGGCCACACGUCCUCUCACUGCCACACGUCCUCUCACUGCCACACGUCCUCUCACUGCCACACGUCCUCUCACUGCCACACGUCCUCUCACUGCCACACGUCCUCUCACUGCCACACGUCCUCUCACUGCCACACGUCCUCUCACUGCCACACGUCCUCUCACAGCCACACGUCCUCUCACAGCCACACGUCCUCUCACAGCCACACGUCCUCUCACUGCCACACGUCCUCUCACUGCCACACGUCCUCUCACAGCCACACGUCCUCUCACAGCCACACGUCCUCUCACAGCCACACGUCCUCUCACAGCCACACGUCCUCUCACUGCCACACGUCCUCUCACUGCCACACGUCCUCUCACAGCCACACGUCCUCUCACAGCCACACGUCCUCUCACAGCCACACCCACACGUCCUCUCACAGCCACACGUCCUCUCACAGCCACACGUCUUCUCAUUGCCACACGUCCUCUCACUGCCACACGUCCUCUCACAGCCACACGUCCUCUCACAGCCACACGUCCUCUCACAGCCACACGUCCUCUCACUGCCACACGUCCUCUCACAGCCACACGUCCUCUCACAGCCACACGUCCUCUCACAGCCACACGUCUUCUCAUUGCCACACGUCUUCUCAUUGCCACACGUCCUCUCACUGCCACACGUCUUCUCAUUGCCACACGUCCUCUCACAGCCACACGUCUUCUCACUGCCACACCCACACGUCCUCUCACAGCCACACGUCCUCUCACAGCCACACGUCUUCUCAUUGCCACACGUCCUCUCACUGCCACACGUCUUCUCACUGCCACACGUCCUCUCACUGCCACGCGUCCUCUCACAGCCACACGUCCUCUCACAGCCACACGUCCUCUCACUGCCACACGUCCUCUCACAGCCACACGUCCUCUCACUGCCACACGUCCUCUCACAGCCACACGUCCUCUCACAGCCACACGUCCUCUCACUGCCACACGUCUUCUCACUGCCACACGUCCUCUCACUGCCACACGUCUUCUCACUGCCACACGUCCUCUCACUGCCACACGUCUUCUCACAGCCACACGUCCUCUCACUGCCACACGUCUUCUCACUGCCACACGUCCUCUCACUGCCACACGUCCUCUCACUGCCACACGUCCUCUCACUGCCACACGUCUUCUCACUGCCACACGUCCUCUCACUGCCACACGUCCUCUCACUGCCACACGUCCUCUCACUGCCACACGUCCUCUCACUGCCACACGUCCUCUUACAGCCACACGUCUUCUGACAGCCACACGUCCUCUCACCUGUACCACUGGACGUGUCCCACGGUCCUCGGGGUUCAACUCGUGUGA